AUGGACCUACCCUUUUACCAUGGCCCUCUGUCUAAACAAGCCUGUGAGAAGUUACUGCUCCAGGAAAAGAAAGAUGGAAAAUUUCUCUUAAGAGACAGUGAGUCGGUGCCAGGAGCCCUGUGCCUCUGUGUCUUGUUUCAAAAGAAGAUCUACACAUACCGAAUCAGAAAAGAAAAACAUGGAUACUAUACAAUAGAGACAGCAGAAGGUGUCAGAAGGGAAGUAUUUCCAAAUCUAAAAGAACUCAUCUCCAAAUUUGAGAAACCAAAUCAAGGACUAGUGGUUCAUCUCUGUUACGCAGUAGAAAAAAACAAUGUAUACCAGAGAUGUACCAAUCCCCAGACUGCUUCCUGUGAUGUUUAUGCAAAUUUCAGUGAUGAUGAUUACGUGGAAGUUUUGCCUUGA